AUGCACACCUAUAUGAAGUUGUUCCUUUUGCUCGGUGCGAUCUCGCUGAUAAUGAUAGCUCAGUUGAUACUGAUUCGAUGUUUACGAAAGCGGCGAGAAGCUCAAAUGACUUCGGAUUCAGAAAGCCCUCCUCCACAAGCGCCACAACAUGCACGCGAACCAAAACCCGGUCCAUCUCCUAAGCAUGGCGCUACGAAGGGAAAGGGAAAUUUCUUAGGGAUAUUUAAGAAGCAUUCACAACCAUCAAAAAACCAGAGGAAGAGGGAAUCAAAGUCCAAGGAGUCAUCGUCUACUGCAACGACCAAUCUGUCUGCUGAACCAACAGAUGAGACUACUGGCAGUGCUAUGUAUGCACCACGUGGUGAGGCAAGGCCUUCGAAGGAAAGUGGUUCAGCCGAGCCGAUUGCAACCCCUGGCAGCAACGAACCAGUGGAGUCGUAUCCGGAGCCGGAACCUUUCUAUUACAGGUAUCCGAGAAGGAGACCGCAAGAAAAGAAAUAUGUCAAAGGGUGGGAAUGGAUGUAG